AUGGCUCAUAGCAUUCGUCACCCUUUCUUCCUUUUCCAACUUUUACUCAUAAGUGUCUCACUAGUGACUGGUAGCCACACUGUCUCGGCAGCGGCUCGACGUUUAUUCGAGACACAAACAACCUCAUCAGAGCUGCCACAAUUGGCUUCAAAAUACGAAAAGCACGAAGAGUUUGAAUACGAAAAGCCAGAAUACAAACAGCCAAAGUAUCACGAAGAGUACCCAAAACUUGAGAAGCCUGAAAUGCAAAAGGAGGAAAAACAAAAACCCUGCAAACAGCAUGAAGAGUACCACGAGUCACACGAAUCAAAGGAGCACAAAGAGUACGAGAAAGAAAAACCCGAGUUCCCCAAAUGGGAAAAGCCUAAAGAGCACGAGAAACACGAAGUCGAAUAUCCGAAAAUACCCGAGUACAAGGUAAAACAAGAUGAGGGCAAGGAACAUAAACAUGAAGAGUACCACGAAUCACGCGAAUCGAAGGAGCACGAAGAGUACGAGAAAGAAAAACCCGAGUUCCCUAAAUUAGAAAAGCCUAAAGAGCACCAGAAACACGAAGUCGAAUAUCCGGAAAUACCCGAAUACAAGAAAAAGCAAGAUGAGGGUAAGGAACAUAAACAUGAGUUCCCAAAGCAUGAAAAAGAAGAGGAGAAGAAACCUGAGAAAAAGGCAGAGUACCUUGAGUGGGCUAAAAUGCCUGAAUGGUCGAAGUCCAUGUUUACUCAGUCUGGCUCGGCCACUAAGCCUUGA